AUGGGAUACUCCACGGGCAUAGCCUUGAGUCAUUCUACCAGCUCAUUACUUGUAGCUAUCUUAGCUUCUUAUGUCGCGUAUCUCAUAGUCAGCGGCAUAAUACAAUCACAUCGUCGUCGUGUUAAAGCUAAGAAACUCCAAUGUUUAAACCCUCCCGCCUUGAAGAACAGACUUCCUUUCGGCAUUGACCAGGUGAAACGAAAUGUUAACGCUCUCGCGGCGAAUGCCUUCCCUGUCCACUGUCAAAAUAACCACAAGGAACUCAAAACUCUCACCUACAGCACUUCAAUACUUGGCAAGAACGGCUUCUCCACCAUGGACGAAGAAAACAUCAAAGCCAUACUCGGAACACAAUUUCAAGAUUAUGAUUUGGGCCCAGAAAGACGCGACAACUCGAUGCCAUUCAUAGGGGAUGGUAUAUUCGCACAAGACGGGAAACCUUGGGAACAUUCGAGAGCACUCCUGAGACCACAAUUCGCGAGGGAUAAUAUUACCGAUCUAGACAUGGAAGAGCGACAUACCCAGGCUUUGCUGCAGGCUUUACCUAAAAUUGGACAAAGUGGUUGGACAAGCGAAGUAGAUAUCCAACCAUUACUGUUUCGACUCACAUUAGACACAGCAACGGAAUUUUUAUUGGGCCGGAGUGUCAACAGCCAGCUUUUGGGAAUGAAACCUGCUUCUGAAGUCAGUGAUAUAGAUGAUUUUGGCAAGGAAUUCGAUAAUGGUACUAAGGCCAUAGCGCAAAGAGCAAGAUUUAAUCCAUAUAGUUGGCUGAUAUGGCCGAAAGGAUUCACGAAGGCUAUCUCAGUUUGCCAUAGAGCCAUUGAUCGGAUCGUUGCCGAACAUUUAGAGGAGAUGAAGACUCCAGGAAAAGUCGAAGAGCCGGAGCGCUACGUCUUCUUCAAAGCCUUGGCAGAGCAAACACAGGAUCCGCUAGAACUACGCACACAUGUAUUAAACAUCUUGCUUGCAGGCCGCGACACAACUUCUUCGCUCAUUGGAUUUAUCAUUCUCUCACUUGCCCGAGAUCCUGAGCGAUACAAAAAAUUACGCGAUGUUAUCCUGAACGACUUCGGAACUUUCGAUGACCCAAAGAAUAUCACGUUCUUUAAUAUCAAGUCCUGUGCAUAUCUUCAAUGGGUCUUAAAGGAAACCCUGAGAUUAUACCCAGUAGUGCCAUGGAACCUCAGAGUAGCAAAUAAAGAUACUACCUUACCGCGUGGUGGAGGCAAGGAUGGAAAGAGUAAGAUUUUUGUGAGAAAAGGUUCAGCGAUUGAGUAUCAUCCCUAUGCUUUGCAUAGGCGAGAGGAUAUAUGGGGAAAGGAUGCGGCAGAGUUCAACCCGGAGAGAUGGGAUGGGAAGAGGGUGGGAUGGGAAUUCUUGCCGUUCAACGGAGGACCACGUAUUUGUGUUGGACAACAAUAUGCCCUUACGGAAGCAGGCGUCGUUAUGAUUAGACUGUUGCAGAAAUUUGAUCAAAUUGAGAGUAUGGAUAAGGAAGAAGUCACCUUAAACCUGACGGCGACCAUGUGCAGUGGAAACGGAGUAAAGAUUAGGUUGCAUGAGGCCAAGGCUUAG